CUUUCUGCUCUCCUACUCAGGCAGGAGUGAGAGGCCUGGGAGCUUUGGAGCAUCAACGGUAACCAUGACCCCCCUGCUUCUGCUCUGCGUGUCCUUGCCCCUCAUCUCGGCAACAGUAUUGUUCGAGCUUGAAAACCACGACGAAUUGGAUGGCACACUGCGUGUCAGCAUCCCGAUGGAGAUGCCUCUCCGACCUCUGCUGGGCAGCAAGGUCGUGGUGCCCUGUUACUUCCAGGACAACACAGUGAAUGACCCCGGAGCCCCGACCCUCGCCCCGCUCUCCCACCGCAUCAAAUGGACCUACGUCACCAAGGAGAAAGUAAAGACCAUCCUGGUGGCGUCCGAGGGAAAAGUUCAAGUGGAGACCGAGUAUUUGGACCGGGUGACGAUGAUCAACUACCCGCUGGUGUCCACCGACGCCACCCUGGAGAUAACAGAGCUGAGGUCCAAAGAUUCUGGCACCUACCGCUGCGAGGUGAUGCACGGCAUUGAGGACAACUACGACUCUGUGGACAUCCAGGUUCAGGGUAUUGUGUUCCACUACCGUGCCAUCUCCACCCGCUACACCCUGAACUUUGAGAAGGCGAAGGCCGCCUGCAUCCAGAACAGUGCUACCAUCGCCACUCCAGCCCAGCUGCAGGCUGCCUACGAUGACGGAUACCACCAGUGCGAUGCCGGAUGGCUCUCUGAUCAGACUGUCAGGUACCCCAUCCAUGAGCCGCGGGAGCGUUGCUUUGGAGACAAGGAGGACUUCCCCGGCGUGAGAACCUAUGGUGUGAGAGAUGUCAACGAGACCUACGACGUAUACUGUUUUGCUGAGAAACUAUCAGGAAGGGUCUUCUACUCCAUGUCUGUCGAGAAGUUUAGCUUCUAUGAAGCAGGAGAUCAGUGUGCUAAACUCGGUGCCCGACUCGCCACCACCGGAGAGCUUUACUUGGCCUGGAAGGAUGGCAUGGACGUGUGCAACGCCGGCUGGCUGGCGGACAGGAGUGUACGCUACCCCAUCAACAUUGCCAGGCCUCAGUGUGGAGGAGGGCUCCUGGGAGUGAGAACCGUCUACCUGUUCGCCAACCAGACCGGAUACCCCUACCCUGACACUCACUACGAUGCUGUCUGCUUCCAAGCCGGCGAAGAUGCCGGUGCCGUGCCCUUGAGGACCACCCCUUUCCCAGAUAUCAUCCGCAUGACACCCUCCCCUGGGAUAUACCCGACGCUCACCCCCUCACCCGGGGGAGAGGAGAUCAAACGUGGGGGAGUUGACACCUUUUUCCCGCUGGCAGUCCCGCCCAGUGUGACAGACGUAGAUGCUGCCAUGGCUCCCACAGGUGUGGUGUUCCACUACCGACCCAUCACCGGCCGCUACUCUCUGACCUUUGUGGAGGCUCAGCAGGCCUGCCAGAGUGUCGGGGCGGUCAUCGCCAGCUCCCUGCAGCUGCAGGCGGCCUUCGAGAAAGGCCUCCACCAAUGCGAUGCUGGCUGGCUCCGCGACCAGACUGUCAGGUAUCCCAUCGUGUCACCCAGAGAUAACUGUCACGGUAAUCUGCCACACCUCCCAGGAGUCCGGUCCUACGGCCUGAGACCAGCGAGCGAACAUUACGAUGUAUUUUGUUAUGUGGAACGUCUGCGAGGUGAGGUCUUCUUCACCAGUGACUAUGACAGCUUCUCCUAUGAGGAAGCUGUGCAGCACUGUCAGAAACUCAACACCACCUUGGCCACCACUGGCCAGCUGUUUGCUGCCUGGAACCAAGGGCUUGACAAGUGCCGUCCAGGCUGGUUGUUGGACCGCAGUGUCCGCUACCCAAUCACAACCCCCAGGUCCCACUGUGGAGGCGGUCAGGUCGGGGUCCACAUUAUCUACGCAUUCCCCAACCAGACAGGAUUUCCCGAUGAGCAUUCGCGCUACGACGCCUACUGUUUUAAAGCUGAAGUUCCAGUUGUUCACUUUGAAAAUGAAACCAAUGUGAAUCUGACAAUCCUGACGGUGGAUGUCAUCAACAAGACGACAGUCAUAGUUGAUUACUUUGCUCCCACAGUUGUAACCACUGGAGAAUACAAUGAAACUGAAACCCAUGUCAAUAUUACUGAAAUUGAGGAGUUUAUCAACAAGAAAACCAUCACAACUCAGGGAGUUGCUCCAACUAUGAGACCCAUUUUACCUCCAGUCCAUGUUGAUGUGUCCGGCUCUGGUUCAGCUGAUCAUUCAGCCAGCGGGGAGAUCUCAGGGGAGUCCAGCACCUCCGGUACCAGCGGUGACGCAUCCGGUUCGGGACAGAACGUCAUCUUCAGCGGAAGCACUGACGUCUUCUCCGGGGGUCAGUCCUCCUCUGGAGGCCCGCAGGAGGCCGAGGGGGGAAGUGCUGUCAUCCUCACAUCUGGCGAACUGGGUAGCGCAUCUGGAUCUGGGGACGGGGUUGACACUCAACACUCUGGCUUCAGUGUAUCUGGAUCAGGUUUGAGUGGAAGUGGGGACAUCAGUGGUAGUGGCGGAGACUCUGUCAUUAUCAUGGUGGAUGGGAAGAUGGAGGAGGUGUCGAAAACUCACCAAAAAAUCACUGAGCAGGAGUUAGGUCAGGGAGGCAUUGAAACCAGCGGGUCUUUCUGGGAAUCAAGUACCUCCGGAUCUGGAAGUAUGUCCGGAACCGGGUCCGGGUCCGGCUCUGGCUCUGCCUCUGGCUCCGGUGGAUUUUCUGGCAUCUCAUUUGUCGACCACAGUGCCGUUGACCUGACAGUCCAGUCAUCUGGUGAGCAGGAGGUGUCUGGAUAUCGCCCCUUCAUGUCCGGAUCCGGGUCCGGCUCUGGCUCCGGUGGAUUUUCUGGCAUCUCAUUUGUCGACCACAGUGCCGUUGACCUGACUGUCCAUUCAUCUGGUGAGCAGGAGGUGUCUGGAUAUCACCCCUUCGGGUCCGGGUCCGGGUCCGGCUCUGGCUCUGGCUCCGGUGGAUUUUCUGGCAUCUCAUUUGUCGACCACAGUGCCGUUGACCUGACAGUCCAGUCAUCUGGUGAGCAGGAGGUGUCUGGAUAUCGCCCCUUCAUGUCCGGAUCCGGGUCCGGCUCUGGCUCCGGUGGAUUUUCUGGCAUCUCAUUUGUCGACCACAGUGCCGUUGACCUGACAGUCCAGUCAUCUGGUGAGCAGGAGGUGUCUGGAUAUCGCCCCUUCAUGUCCGGAUCCGGGUCCGGCUCUGGCUCCGGUGGAUUUUCUGGCAUCUCAUUUGUCGACCACAGUGCCGUUGACCUGACAGUCCAGUCAUCUGGUGAGCAGGAGGUGUCUGGAUAUCGCCCCUUCGGGUCCGGGUCCGGCUCUGGCUCCGGUUCCGGUGGAUUUUCUGGCAUCUCAUUUGUCGACCACAGUGCCGUUGACCUGACAGUCCAGCCAUCCGGUGAGCAGGAGGUGUCUGGAUAUCGCCCCUUCGGAUCCGGGUUCCACAGCGGCUUUCCAAGUGGUUUUCCAUCUGGUGCCUCAGGCUCUGCCUCUGGAGACUUUAUCCUGCCUCGUGGUGAUGUCAUCUACCUAACAGACAAUGGCAUGAUGGAGGUGACCGUACCGCCACAGGUGCGCCACCCUGAGCAGGGCCGUGGGGUGGUGGAGGUCAGCGGGGAAGGAAGUGGGUCAGGGAUCCAUCAUGAAUUCAGUGGCACUUUGGACCAAAGCUUGCAUUUCUCGGGAAGCGGAGCCCCUGAUGAAAAACCGAAGCUUUCUGUCACCUUAGCGCCUGGAUCAAAGAUGACUUACGAGUACAUUUCCCGUCUCGGCCAUUCGGGACUUGGGGAGGAGAACAUGGAAAGCCGUGCAGGACCGACAGUGUAUGCGGUGACUCCAGAUGCAGCCUACGCCAGCCCAACCACAGCGCCAUCAGUGUCAUUAGUAACCCCUGCUGUGGUGGAGCAGCCUGAAGUAGUGGAAGACUUUGUAGACCCCUGUGAUCCGAACCCCUGCGGUUCAGGAUCCUGUUCUGUGCAGGGAGAGCUCGCUGUGUGUCAGUGUCCUACUGGUUUCACUGGGGAAGAUUGCUCAACACCUGUGCAGGGCUGUGCUGAGGGCUGGUUGGAGUUCAUGGGCAGCUGUUACCUCCACUUUUCUGAGAGAGAUACCUGGUCUGAGGCUGAGCAACGCUGUCAGGAGGUCAACGCCCACCUGGUUAGCAUCGGCUCCCAGGAGGAGCAGCAGUUUGUCAACUCCAAUGGCCAGGACUACCAGUGGAUUGGACUCAAUGACAAAGCUGUGCAGAAUGAGUUCCGCUGGACAGACGGUGGUCCUCUGUCCUUUGAGAACUGGAGGCCCAACCAGCCAGAUAACUACUUCAACUCGGAGGAGGACUGCGUGGUGAUGAUCUGGCACGAGGGCGGACAGUGGAACGACGUGCCCUGCAACUACCACCUUCCCUUCACCUGCAAGACCGGACCUGUCAUGUGCAGAGCUCCCCCCAAGGUGGAACACGGCAGGCCAAUGGGCAGCGGCAGAGAGCGCUACCCCGCCAACUCUAUAGUCCGCUACCAGUGUGACGCAGGCUACACGCAGCGCCACCUGCCGGUCAUUCGCUGCAUGCCGGACGGACAGUGGGAGGAGCCACAAGUGGAAUGUACAGAAGCCGGUGCCAACAGCAACAGGCUACACAAAAGGUCCCUCAGGAGAAGAAGUAAAGGGGUCAGCAGCCAACGGGAACCGAGGAAGCUGCACUGAGCAGGAAGGAAAAGGACAUAGAACAGAGAGCCACAAAGGACCCCCUCUUGUAAAGAAGUAUGGACACCAAUGCAAAUGCCCGACCAAAAAGAUAAUAUUCCCCACCAUGUAUUUACACACACACACACACACACACACACACACUGAAGAACAUUUAGACAGUGAUAUUGUUAAUUGACUGAUGAUUUGGAUCUUUGAGUGUCACCCUGCACCUUUUCUGAAGGCAGUUUUUUUAUCUAUGUAAUUUAUACUGUCUAAUUUAUAGCUGUGAUCUAGUUUUUUGGAAAACAUUAUCUCAUUGCACAUUUUUUUCUGCAAUCGGUUUGCCGGCACUGCAUUCAAAGUAGGGUAGAUAAAUGAGUAGGAGGCUUUAGAGUGACACCCGCGGUCCAAAAUCAGCCCCAAUUUUUAAAAAAAGAAUAAAAAAGUGUUUUCGAUUGCAGCUGGAUUCUCUGAGGUCAAACACAAUGUUACGCAAACGUUUGCUAUAUUUUUUAGAGUAUUUUUCCUAGAUCUUUGUUUCUCUGUAGUUUUUUUAUUUCUUUUAUUCGGUCUCUAAAGACUUUAAUUGUGUGCUUUUGGCGAGACUAAACUGCUUCUCGCGGUAUCGGCGAAGACAGCGAUUCUCAAACCUUUUUGGGUCGCGACCUCCUUAAAACUACAGCACAACGAGCGCCUCUUCGCCUACAACAACGGAGAGCGAAGUCAGUUUUUUUUUUAGGUAUCGCCAUCAAUGUAAACCGAGUAAUCUCGUCACGACCUCAAGUUUGACGCGGCGGCGGUAUCAGACAUACUGACACGAUUUCGCUGUUCCAAAAUCGACGAUGAACACGGAAAUCCAAGUUCAAGACGGGAUUACAGUCAUCUGGAUUGAAAUAAUCAGCACUCACGCACUUUUUGGGAGUCUUCGGUCACUUCUGUGCUCAUCAUUUGAAAUCCAGUGCACCUUAAACAAGAGAUCUACAGUAUGACGCUGAAUCCAGCUGGCUUGUCUGCAGAAAAGAUGCACACCCCAGUGUGUUUCGUACCCCAGAAACGUACUUCUUAAAACUUGAGAAGUUACACAAUUCUAGGGAGGCUGUGAAAUUAUUUUUAAAACACGACGAAAGAAAGACGAUAGAGAAGUUGUUGACCAUGACCUUUUAAAAAGGUCAAGAUUUGAUACUUGUGUGUCCGUAAUCUGAUUUCUCAAUUCACAAAACACGAAAACUGCUUACACACACACACACACACACACACACACACACACACAUGGACACACACACACACAAUUUAGAGAGCAUGCUACCAGAAUGUGAAAGUUGCUCAAAGUUUGUACAUUUUGU